AUGCGGUGUCACACGCAACCAUGUCAUAUGUCAUUACGCUAGUUACACCACCUCCAAAAAGCACGAGGCUCUUUAACCUCGAGUCGCGACGAAAGCGGGUUCCACGAUGAGAAUUUAAAACAAUUAACUCGCGCGAGCUUUUCAGCUGAAUAUUUUUUGCUGCAACUGUACUAUAUACAGAGUGUCGCAGAAAAGCGGCAUACGAGUAACGUUAGUCCAAUGUUGCCUUGGUUCAUUGCACUCCUUGCAGAACUUGUUUUAUGAAUCAUUAUCAACAUGACACUAUUAUGAUCUAGGUAUAAAUAUCUGAAGGCAAUAUAAGGGAUACUCCCAACAUGGAAAAUUCACAGUUCUUGGUUAUCGGUUGGCAAGAAAUUAUUAAAAAGUUGCAGGCAGGAUGAAGCUCUUUGCGGCUGCCUUGCUGCUUUUCGAGGCUUGUUUGUUCAUUGAUGUAGCAAGGGCGGAUCAACAAAAUGUUGAUGCUUCCAACAGCAGCCUUCUAAUAGUGAUCACCUGGGACUACGAAUCCGCAACGAAGAAAGCAUGGGACGUUGUAUACAAUCAGAAGAGGAGUGCUCUGGACGCAAUAGAGGAAAGUUGCUCCUUAUGUGAGGAACAGCGGUGCAGGAAGACAGUGGGAUUUGGUGGCAGUCCAGAUGAAUCCGGAGAAACCACGCUGGAUGCUUUGAUCAUGGACGGAGUGACGAUGGAUGUAGGUGGUGUAGGAGGAUUGAGGGACGUUAAGAGCGCCAUUUCGGUCGCUCGCAAGGUACUGGAGAACACGAAGCAUUCCCUGCUGGGUGGCAGUUUGGCUACGGACUUUGCGGUGAAGAUGGGAUUUAAGAAGGAGUCCCUGCAGACGAACGAGUCUGAGGAGAUGUGGAAGAAGUGGAAGGCAGACAACUGCCAACCCAAUUUCUGGAAGAACGUUGUGCCAGAUCCGCGAACCAGCUGCGGACCAUAUCACGCGGCCGACACAGAGAGCGGUGAAGACGAGCACACAUCAUUCGUCAGCGAGGAAAAUCAUGAUACGAUCGGUGUGCUCGCGAUAGACUCACAAGGGCGUACGGCAGCCGGCACUUCCACGAACGGUGCCAGGAACAAGAUACCCGGCCGCAUUGGUGAUUCUCCUAUUCCAGGCGCUGGUGCGUAUGCCGAUCAGGACGUGGGCGCGGCAGCCGGUACCGGCGAGGGAGAUAUCAUGAUGCGGUUCCUGCCAAGCUUUCUGGCAGUGGAGGAGAUGCGUUACGGAGCAACGCCGAGUAUGGCUGCCAGGGCCGCGAUCGACAGAAUCGCCCAGCACUACCCCACAUUCUCCGGUGGAGUAAUUGUACUGAACAAAAAGGGAGAAUAUGGAGCCGCGUGCAAUGGAAUGGCUGCAUUCCCGUAUUAUAUCGCCAAUCCAAUUUUGGGACCCAAGCUCCUUUCGGUCCCAUGCAGCAAUUACAAUGAGCAGUGUCAGAAAGAUGGGAAAAUUUGUUGAUUCACUUCGAGAUAAUACGAAAGUACACGUAUAGUGUACAAAUCAUUCCCAAUUAUACAUAAAUGUUAUUUUUACAUUACACACAACUUUCCAAA